GCGAGAAUCGGCGUCGCGCUUGCUCUGCUGCCAUGUGCGCGACCACAGGCGCCCUGAGACCCGAGGAUACAAGAGCAACGAAAGAUGGGCUACAUAUCCGAAGAAAUCGUCGUGGCAAAGACGUUGUGUUCGCAUACAGGAGCAGCAACUACGGACGGUGCAUCCGCCAUGUCGGCAGACGAGAAGAUGAGCCCCACGUCGGGUUCCAACCCGGCAGUGACAGCGGUGAUGGCCGUACUGGGCGCCGCUCUCCUCGCUAAGAUCAUCGUGGGCGUGGCCAGGUGGCUGCGUAUGUACUGGUGCCUGCGCAACGCGCCCCAUCCCGAGCAACGGUGGCCGUUCUCCCUCGCCUUCGACAUGUGGCAGAGCCUGGCCAAAAUGGAUCCCAACCUGAAAGUCACAGCAAAAAUCUUCAACUAUUUCAACUGCAUGUUCAAGACAAUAUACGACCAGGAAGUCACAGUUGCUUACUACGGUCCACAGCCCUUCCUGAUAGCUACGACGCCAAAAGCAAUCGAAGUUCUUCUAACUAACAGUCAAAACUUGAACAAAGCAUUUCUCUACGACAUGAUGAAGCCAUGGAUCGGACAUGGCAUACUGUUGAUUGAAAAAGACAAGUGGCGAAGCAGACGCAAGGUGAUCACUCCUGCCUUCCACUUUCGCGUGUUGGACGAUUACGCGCCCAUCAUGAAUCGCCGAGCUCGAGAAAUGGUGCGCAGGCUCGACGCCGUGGGAACAGAUUUCUUCGACGUGCUGCCCAUUGUACGCCUCGCCGCGUUUGGCAUACUGUUCGAGACUGCGCUGGGUGUGCAGAUUGAUGAAGCAGAGGUUCAAAGGAUGCGGCUGCUCGAAAUAAACGAUGAGAUUGGUGCCAGCGUAAUAGCGAGGAUGCUGAACCUUGUUCACUGGUCCGACAUCAUUUACAGCAUGAGCCAGGCUUCUAAAGACUUCAAAAAAAAUAUCAAGUUCAUCCAUGAGUACAACAGAAAGAUUGUGAAACAGCGAUUGGCUGAAUACAAGGUCGGCAAGGUGAAAGCGGAUUCAAAGAAGUCCUUCCUGGACAUUCUCCUACAUAUGCACAUGGUGGAUGGCACGCUAACGGAAGAAGAAGUCAGAAAUGAGGUCACAUCUAUCUUCAUUGGGGGGUUUGAAACAACAGCCAGUUCCAUAGCCUACACUCUCUUUUUGCUGGGAAAUCACCCCGAAGUGCAGGCGAAGGUGCACGAAGAAAUUGAUAGCAUUUUUUCUGGGGACAUGGAGAGGGAUGUCACUAUAGAAGACAUGAAACAGCUGAAGUACAUGGAAUGCGUUGUCAAGGAAUCGAUGAGGAUUUAUCCCCCAGUUCCGCUCAUAGCUCGCAACGUCGACGAGGACAUGCAAGUUGGCGAAUACACUGUGCCGAGAGGAGCCGUCGCUGUUGCCGCUAUCUACUUCAUACAGAGGCAUCCCAAGUACUACGAAAAUCCGGACACAUUUCUGCCGGAACGAUUUCUCGACACCAAGGAAAAGAAUCCUUUUUUGUACAUUCCAUUCUCCGGUGGUUUUAGAAACUGCAUUGGUCAAAGGUUUGCUAACUUGGAAGAAAAGAUCUUGCUGACCCAAAUAAUGCGGCGUUUCACCGUCACCUCCAAGCUUCGGAUGGAUCAGCUACAACUCUCCAUCGAAGUUGUGCUAAAGGCUAUACAAGGUAUUGAAAUCAAGAUCCAACCACGUAACAAGACAAAGCAAAAGAUCUGACCGGCCACGUGGAGAACCCAUUGGUAAAGAGCCGUCAACCAAGCGUGAUCUGUUUUUCACGGGCAGGAUAACGGAAAAGCGUCGCCUUGUAAUUAGUGUGCAUUGCCAAAACGUUUAUGUGUCUGAAUGAAUGAAUGCGUGCUGACUAUGAAAACAACAUUCUUAGCACAGUAAAAAGACUGUGAGAACAAACGUGGUGUUCUUGUCCUCGAAAGCCUUGAUUGCUAAGGCACAGCAUGAAAUUGAUUUUAGGGUGUCAUGCCUGUGCAAGGCGAAGAAGUUUCUUUAAGUUUGUGGCAGUAACCCUAAAUCUAAAAUCAUUAUGACAGAUUAUUCUUGUUUGUGGACAAAGAAGAAGAAUCUGUCAUAAUGAUUUGAGAUUUAGGGUUAUUGUGGACAAACAAACUAAAUAAUUCAAAGGUAAUUUUUUUUAACUUUAAUGAGGGCGUUUGUGGGGUAGCUCAUCUGAACACGUAAGUAGUACACAAGCAAGAAGACAUCUGGAAAAACUUGCGUAUCAAUAAAGUUGUACAUACAUUAA